CACAAAUCUUACUCUGUUGUCAGAGUCUCUGGGCCCUCGGGUAUGAGGAGAAGAGCCUUGGAGACUGGGGUGUGCCAGAUCCUCCCGUUUUGUCAGCAGAAUGGCAGAGCAGGGAGGGCCACUUGAUGGAUCUGAAAUCCUAUUCUCUCAUUAUACAGAUGAUGAAACCAGAUUCCAGAAAGGGAGGCUGAUCUGCCAGGUCACACAUCCAGGCCACUUGGCUCCCAGGCCAGCUGGAGCUUUUCCCAAAAAGCUGUGUGGUCCAGUGGAGAAGGAAAGAGAAUGAGAUGAAUGAGGCAAACCAGACAGCUGUGACGGAAUAUGUCCUGCUGGGGCUACAUAAGUACCAUGACCUGGAGGUGGUCCUGUUUGUGCUGUGCCUCGGCAUCUACUCAGUGAACCUGCUGGGCAACUCCCUCCUCAUAGGGCUGAACAUAUUGGACCCCCAUCUGCACCACCCCAUGUACUUCCUCCUCAGCAACCUCUCCCUCAUGGACAUCUGUGGCACCUCCUCCUUCGUGCCUCUCAUGCUAGUCAACUUUCUGAAAGCCCAAAGGACCAUCUCUUUCCCCAGCUGUGCCCUGCAGAUGUAUCUGACCCUAGCACUGGGCUCUACAGAGUGCUUGCUCCUGGCGGUGAUGGCCUAUGACCGUUACAUAGCUAUCUGCCAGCCACUUAGGUACCCGUUGCUCAUGAGUGGACAGACAUGCAUGCAGAUGGCCGUGCUGAGCUGGGGGACAGGCUUUGCCAACUCCCUGCUACAGUCCAUCCUUCUCUGGCGCCUCCCCUUCUGUGGCCACAAUGUCAUCAACCACUUCUUCUGUGAGAUCUUGGCAGUGCUGAAACUGGCGUGUGGGGACAUCUCACUCAAUGCGCUAACAAUGAUGGUGGCCACAGUUGUCCUGACGCUGGCCCCACUUCUGCUCAUCUGCCUGUCCUACAUUUUCAUCCUGGCUGCCAUCCUUAGAGUCCCCUCUGCUGCAGGCCGGCAGAAAGCCUUCUCCACCUGCUCUGCCCACCUCACAGUGGUGGUGAUUUUCUAUGGAACCAUCUCCUUCAUGUACUUCAAGCCCAAGGCCAAGGACCCCAAGUUGGAUAAGAUUAUUGCAUUGUUCUAUGGGGUUGUGACACCCUCACUGAACCCCAUCAUCUACAGCCUGAGGAAUGCAGAGGUGAAAGCUGCUGCGGCGGCUCUACUGGGAGGCCGCCUGCUCUCCAGGAAAGCGUCUGCCCGCUACUGCUGCUCUCUGUCUCUGUCAGUCAGCCCAGGCUAGGUUAUGCUGUGGCAAUGAUCUCGAACCUUCAGUGGCUUAAAGUCAUCAAGGUUUGUUUCUUGCUCAUGGUGCAGGGCCAUUAGAGGCUGGCUAGGGUGCUGCUCUGAUCUGUAGUCUUCAUCCCUGGGAUUCAGGAGGACAAAGCAGCUACCAUCUGGAACACUGCUGGUCACCAUGACAAAAGGAGGGACAAGGGAGUGACGAAGCCUGCACUGACGUCCCUUAGAGCUUCCACUCAGAAGUGCCAUGUGUUAUUUCCACUUGCA